AUGCUUAGUGAAGUCUCAAGUGGUGGCGGAGCAUGGGCUGGGACAGGGGGAGGCGGCGGAGAAACAUUGGACGAGUUCAACCUGAAGCUACUGGAAAAGCCAGGUAGGAAAUCUGGUUGCCUCAGCUACUUGCCCCCAUGCCCUGGCAAGAGGUCCUACACGCACAUUCGGACGUCGGCUCUGGAGCCUCGAUUCAUCUUCGGCAAAGCCGAAGAUCUUCCGCGGUCACAAGAGCUGUGUCGAGCCUGUGACUUGACCUCCGACGUCCCAGUCGCGAAGCCUUCAGUUGAUGUUGUCCGGGUGUCCUGGCCAAAGACUGCACUCAGCGCCAGCCGGGACAGGUGCGUCGAGCCUCGACUCUUUUUUUCUGCGCCGGAACAGGAGUCGCGCCCUGAUCACUACACUUACCUGGAUUGUUUUGUGGCCAUUCGCAUGGGACGCGUCUGGACCCUUCUUAUAGUCAGCUGUUUUGGACUCGUCUUCUACCACGACAAGCCAACAGCAGCGCAGGGCCUUCACAGGUUCGAAGGAACCCGCCUGGCAUCGGAACUCGAGGAGAGCCCGUACGAGAAGUCGAACUCAUCUUCGCAACAUCCUGUCAGGCCUGGAGGAACCCUCUCGGCAGACGGCCACAGCGGUGCGGGGGCUGGAGAGCCACCAUUCUGCGUCGGCCUUGCCCGGAGCAGUGCGAGACAGGUUGAGGAUACCGGCAGCUAUGGCAGCCCAAGGAACGAAACACUCCUGGUGCGACCGCUGUUACGCGAACCGCCCCAACAAGGCGGCUUACUGCCCCGUGUGUGGUGGGACGCUGCAGUCCUACACAGCUACGCCUGGACGACAAGCCUGGCCACAGCCGACACGCAGGCAGCAGUCCCCCAGGACCAGACGACAGCCUUCACCCAGACAAAGGAAUGGUGGUGGAGACAGUUAUCGGACCUGCCUCAACCUGCAGCAGCACCGACAAUUGCAUUGCCCAAGACAGCUGGCGGAUCAAUGGCAGAGGCCUCAGAGGAAGGCGAACUGCUAGGAGCCCUGCUGGCUCAUUUGGGCGACUCCUCGACGCUUCCGACUGCCUUAGCGGAACGAGUUCAAGUCUUCCAGAGUGCCAACGCACGUUCCACUGGAAAACUUCUACACAAGCAAGUGGCGCGCCAAACAGAGGCGCGCACACAGCUCCAACGCCUUGCGAAAGACAGGCAGACCUUCUUAGAAGGUUGGGCAGAGUACCUCCAGGUCCUCACGGAGACGGUGGAUCAACAGGGAAGGCUGGCCCGGCCCUCCCUAGACAUUCUCACUCCUUCCGGAAAGCGGAGGCUGCUGCCCUUCUGCAAGCUGCCAAGGCUUGCAAACACCGGCUACGGCAGCUGGAUACGUUACGACAAAGGGGCACAUGCGGCACGUGCUCUGGAGGAUAUGCAGCAGGCCGCGACCCCCUUUGCAGCCAACCUUUUUCCGGGUCGUGACCCCUCUCUUCUUCCUACGCUUAUCCAGCUGGAGGAUCUCUUUAGAGGUGCCAAACAAGGGAAAGCUCCCGGCCCCAACGGCAUCCCGGAGUGGCUAUGGGCCCUGGAUAGUCGAGCGGCUGCGCGCGCCUUCCUGCCUAUCUUUCUUAAGGCACACUUCCGCCUGACCGAGCCUGUCCAAUUUAAGUCCACAGCCUUGAUUGCACUUUUCAAAGGCAAGGGUUCUCCUGCCGUGCUGGCCAACCAUCGUGCCAUUGCUUUGCUGGACGGUCCUGGUAAGGCGCUCCGACGCUCGCUACGGCCGGCCCUUGUGUCGCUCUUGCCGCCUCCUGAUCAGCAGCAGGGCGGUACCCCUGGGUCUCUGUUGGCUGGUGCGCGCCACCUUUCUCGGGCCCAUCAACAACUCGCUCUUGGCCUUAAGACACCUACUGUUGCCUUGUUCCUUGAUGUCUCAUCUGCGUAUUACCGUGUUUUGCGUCAGUCUUUCGGGCAAGGAGACCUUGAGCACGAUGAAGACAUUGCUAAGCUGCUGACGCUUCUCAAGGUGCCGCCUUCAACCCUGCAGGAGGUUUGCGAUUGGCUCUCUGCCACGGACCUUUUGACAGAGGCUUCUCCGCACUGCACGGCUUUGAUAUGUGGCACUUUCUUUCACAUUCAAGGGGCACCGGGGAUCGUACGUACCCGGGCAGGGUCUAGGCCGGGGGAUUCCAUUGCUGACCUCCUGUUUUCUCUGGUCCAGGCAGACUUCCUGCAGGCUGUGCGUGCCCGCAUAGGGGGAUUGGCCGCUUCUGACCCAGUUCUCGCUAGUCUUGAGUUGCCUAUCAAUAGCGUCAUUCCCGUCUGGGCUGACGAUGCUGUUGUUCUCCUGGCCCAGCGCACUACGCCACAGCUCUUGCAGGCGGCCAAGCAUACCCUAGAAGCUGUCCAUGGCGAGUAUACUCGCAGAGCAAUGGCGCCUAAUUAUGCCCCCGGUAAAUCUGAAGCCCUUUUUUCUUUCAAAGGGCUGGGCCUUUUCUAUGUGACUUCCCGGACGGCUUUGCUGAACAGGCCUUGCAUGCCCCCAGCGCCCUUCGCACUGCCGUUCGCAAAGCCAAAGCAAAUGUCCUGCAUCCUGGACAUGGGCCGCUCUGGCAUGACUACAGUUCCGCAGAUGGCUUGCCCCAUCAUGGGAAUUUCCAGUGCGAGCAGUGCCCGGCAACCUUUGCCACCGCUCAGCAGCUAUCGGCCCAUCGCUUUGGCAAGCAUGGCAUCCGCUGCCCUGCAGCCCGCUAUGCUAUUCCCGGAUCUGCCGUGCCCACAGCAGCGCGGUGAGCUGUUUGCUGGUGGCCUGGGAGUCCAGGACUUCUCUGGCGGCCCAGGGACUGUGAGCAGCUGCGAUGUGGACUGGCAGAAGUGCCGGGCCUUCACGGGGUCGAGACAUGGGCAAAUCACGCUUUGGGACCUCGACUUCCGAGAGGCGCUGUGGACCCUGCCCGGACACAAAGGCCUCGUGCAGGCAGUGUCUCUUGAACCUGGAGGCAACCGAUGCCUCAGUUUGACUGAGGAGCUGGUUUGUCUGUGGACGACGGAUGGUGCACUGGUGCGACGUUUACCAGGUGCUGCUGCAGGAGAGGGUGAUGGGCCGACGUCUGCUAUUGUGGAUUGGCCUUGCCUGUGGCUGCUCACAGCCGGGCCGGACUCCUUUGUCCGUGUCUGGGACCUGGCGCCUCAAAAGGAGCCUGGCGAGAAGGCCACGCCCCUGGUCGAGGUGAAGGAUUCGAGCGCCGGCCACGCGUACGGCGUCGUUUGCUGCGCUGCUGAGUGGGCCAACGCGGUAGGCUUCAACUGA